ACUCUCAAGGCUUCUUAAUUCAGCUAUUGGUUUGCACUUUCUGUGCAAAAAAAAAGAGUAAGACGGUGUUCUUCAUUAGCAAUAAGAUAAAUUCAAAAAGGAAGAAAUGAUGGAGCGAUACUCUGCUCUAAUUACGUAUCUCCACAUCCAGAGCUAAUUGCUCCCCGGAACUUUUUAAUAUUUGACAGGAGUGUUUCUGCCCUCUACCGUCAAUUCAUUUGUUAUUUGACGCGUCAUCGUCAAAUGAAGCGUUUACAAUAUGUAUCAAUGGCAACAAAGUAUGUCGGGGUGGAUCAUCAAACCCCUUCUCUGCACGAAGGUUGCAGAAAAUUACUGUUCACGGAGUGUUUCAAAAUAGUAAUUGCAAUGUGUCAUUGGUGAACUAUUUCGCCAUCCUGAUGAUCAGAGGGUGGUUGAUCUUCUUUGAAUGGACCAUGCGUUAUACAAUCACUUAACUCAUUGCCAAUACUUCCUUCACAAGUUUCUAUACGGAAAAUUGUACAUGUGUUUACAGUCAAACUGCGUAUGGUAAAGGAUGUAUUUGCCGCUCAAAAGGAAAUCAAUCCUCCUUCAGGGACAAAUACAACUCAGGUUGGAAAACGAAGCUAAAUAUACAAUGUCAACUCGAUAGUUUUCAAAGGGAAAUUGAUCAGUUAAAUGCAGUGUGUAUUGAACAUGAGAUUCUAAAAAAAGGCUUUUUGAUGAAGCUUAAAAUUGCAAAUUAAACACGGGAGGAAUCACCACCUUUCGUAAUGGAUAAAAUAUGGAUGCUCUUUUUAUUUGAUCUCCUUGCUCAUGAUUGUAUGAACUCUGUGUUUAUACUAAGACGUAAAUGUGCUGUGGAAAGCAGUCCUUUUUCUCGCUUCAUCCAAUCGUCUCUUGUAAAUAACUGCUCACACCACUUUUAUCUUUCUAUAUGCAGAAAUGAAAUAACUUGUUUUCAAUAG